GGGAUUGGCACUGGGGACGGGCGCGCGCGCGGGCCCCCAGCAGCACAUCUGGGCGGAGAGAGCGGCGCCGCCGGCACCCCGGGGCCGCGGCGCGCGGAUCCGGAGCGGCAGAGCCACGCGCGCCUGGGACCCCUCGGGGCGCACGGCUGGGACCUGCGGGGGGGGCCGCGCGGCGCUCGGCGGGGCCGGGGAAAGGGGGCGGCGGCGGCGGCACAGCUGGACCGAAGGGGGCGGGGUCGGUCCCGGGCGACGGGCGGGAGCCAGGGCCGCGGGCCGCCGGCCGCGGAGCAUGGGACGGCGCGCCGCCUGAAGAGCGCGGGCAGGGGUGAGGCCGGGCCGGGACCCCGAGCGGAGAAGAGCAGAGACAGGGGCGCGGGAGCCACGGAGGAGGAUGCAACUGACGCGCUGCUGCUUCGUGUUCCUCGUGCAGGGCAGCCUCUACCUGGUCAUCUGCGGCCAGGACGACGGCCCCCCGGGUGCGGAGGACCCCGAGCACGAUGAGCCCGAGAGCCAGCCCCGGCCCCGCGUGCCUCGGAAGCGGGGCCACCUCUCCCCGAGGUCCCGCCCCAUGACCAACUCGACGCUCCUCGGGCUGCUGGCUCCCCCCGGGGAGGCCUGGGGGUUCCUCGGGCAGCCCCCCAGCCACCCAAAGCACAGCCCCCCUCCUUCCGCCAAGGUGAAGAAGAUCUUCGGCUGGGGCGACUUCUACUCCAACAUCAAGACGGUCGCCCUGAACCUGCUGGUCACGGGCAAGAUCGUGGACCACGGCAACGGGACCUUCAGCGUCCACUUCCGGCACAACGCCACCGGCCAGGGCAACAUCUCCAUCAGCCUCGUGCCGCCCGGCAAGGCCGUGGAGUUCCACCAGGAGCAGCAGAUCUACAUCGAGGCCAAGGCCUCCAAGAGCUUCAACUGCCGCGUGGAGUGGGAGAAGGUGGAGCGCGGCCGCCGGACCUCGCUCUGCACCCACGACCCCGCCAAGACCUGCUCCCGCGACCACGCCCAGAGCUCGGCCACCUGGAGCUGCGCGCAGCCCUUCAAGGUGGUCUGCGUCUACAUCGCCUUCUACAGCACGGACUACCGGCUGGUGCAGAAGGUGUGCCCCGACUACAACCACCACAGCGACACCCCCUACUACCCCUCCGGCUGACUCCGGGGGCCGCACAGCCGGCCGGCGCUGGAAGGACAGGCCUGCCCGCUGGACGCUGGGCAGGGCAGGGCAGGGCAGGGCAGGGGCGGGGCCUCGGGCAGGAAGUGGGUGGAGAGGAGGAGGGGCCAGGGGGGCCUGGGGCCGAGGCCCACGUGUUCCGGGAGGGGUCCCCGCGUGCUGGCCUCUAACCUGAGGCUGUGGAGGGAGAGCCCCUAGGACCCCGGAGCCCUGGGGGCGGAGAGGGUCCCCGCGCAACUGCACGGGGGUCCCCGCUGAGCGACAGGCGGGUGCUGUGCCCAGGAGGCCCCUGGGGCCGGCAGACCAGUGAGGCCCCCAUCAAGUCACGGAAAUGAGCCUCAAACCGUGGCUGGCUCCCCACCACGCGGAGACGGGACAGCAACAAGCAGAGGGGCGCUCCGUCAGCGUGGGCGCCAGGAGGGGGUGAUGGGGGGCCUCCUGGGAGCCAGUCCCCGGGCGCGGGGGCGAGAGGAGUGCCCCAGGCCCUCUCCGGGGGCAGCCCCGAGCCCCUCGUCCCGGACAGCGGACCGAGCUCGGCUGGAGGCUGGAGCGGUGGCUUUGGAGUCUUGGACGUGGUGGCAAACAGAUCCUCUGCCUCCAGCCAGGCCUCCCCUUUCCCACACCCCUCUCCCGCCCUCGCUCUCCACCCUCCUCGUGCCCACCGGUUGUCCUUCCUCCAGCUGAGACGGAGGGCGAGCGUGGCCCUCCCAGCUCCGAGGCCGAUGGCGGGAGCCCCUCUCCGCCCACCCCCUGUGGCUCCUCGGGAGCACCCUGUCCGGGAACCAGCCUCCCAUAGUCUGGCCGGCACCCGAGCUCGAUGGGCUGCUGCCUCCCCCUGGGCUGUGGGGCUGGGGAGCCGGACGGCGGAGGGGGUGCCGGGCGUGUUCCGUGGUGUCUGUCUGUGGGGGGCGGGGGGGGGGGGUCCUUGUGAAACCGCCUGAUUGUCAGCUUCCGUGUGCAGAGUCGUGUUCGUGGAGCAGGAAUAAAGCUUUCCCGG